GCUGGCGAACUCACUUCCGAAGAGCUCGAGCGAAUCGUCACCAUCAUCCAAAACCCGACCCAAUACAAGAUCCCCGCCUGGUUCCUCAAUCGUCAACGCGAUAUCGUCGAUGGUAAAGACUCUCAAAUCCUUGCCAACGGUGUCGACUCCAAGCUCCGUGAUGAUCUCGAACGCCUGAAGAAAAUUCGCGCUCAUCGUGGCCUUCGUCAUUAUUGGGGCCUCCGUGUUCGUGGACAACACUCAAAGACUACCGGUCGUCGUGGCCGUACUGUCGGUGUUUCCAAGAAGAAGGGUGGUUAA